GUUUGGUUUUGCCUACCGAAAGCCUUGCCUCUGGUGCCUAUUAGCCUCUAUAUUAACACUUCUAUCUUCUCCCUUGAUGGCAACUACACUAUUCCUUCUACUAACACUCUGUAUAGUAUCUAUAUUGUGCAUAUAGCGCAUCAUUCUGCACAUUUAGAUCCAUUCUCAAUUGCCUUACAUACUAAUACCAUCUGAAGCAUUCAUUGGAACAUCAGUCUACAACGAAGCAAUGUUCGAAACUCAACCCGCACCUGUUUACUCAGAAAUGACAGUGUUUGAGGGUCCGCCUCCUCCUAUCUAUCCUCCUGUGGAAAGCCGCGUCAUCUAUCCUCGACGUGUUGACAGAGUCCACGAGAGACCAUGUGCGAUGAAUGCGCAAGGUCUCUUUCCACCAAGUGCGUGCCUAUUCAUCGGCAACCUCUCAACUCAAGUUUCCAGGCACCAACUUGCCAGAGAUCUGGAAGCCAGGUUUGCGAUGUUUGGUAACUGCCAUGUUAAGAUCAAAUAUGAUAAAAAGAAUCAGUUGCCAACGGCAUUCCUGCAAUUCGAGGUAUGGGUGACUAUCUCACUCCAGUCUCCCUGCUUGAAGAUCCCCAGUCUGACUUGGGCCUUUUUCCCCGCACAAAAGAGAACACAGGAUGCUGAAGCUGCUCUGCAAUAUAAUAACGCCCCUGUGCUUCACGGGCGUGUAUUGAGGAUCGAGAGGGCCAAAGCGAGAAGAACGGCGUCCUUGGGUCAUCGUAACGGCUUCCCCAUGACCGAAGCUGAUGUCUAUGAAGCCCUCUAUGAUCGAGGACCUCUCGAAGCAUUCUGCAUCCAACCGGUAUUAUUUCACGGGUACUAUCCUACUCAAGUUGCCACGGUCACAUUCGCUUAUAUUGAUGAUUGUAUUGAUGCCAUAAAGGUUCUCGAACAUUCUUUCAAGUAUUUUAUGCAAUUACUUCCCAUAGACGGAAGCCCACUGCUUGCCUGGGCGCCUCCGACACUCUUUUUACCUCCUUGCCCACCGUUACUACAUCCACCGCUUGCACACCUAAUGCUGCCACACGCAUCUCAAGUGAGCUCAAAUGCCACCCAUGAGUCUGGACCACGGUCUAGAUCGAAGUAUACAGUGGCCCCAUCAUCAGCCAAAGAUGGAGUUGUCGCUCACGCAGAGACGGAGAGCGCCUCAGCGGUCCAAUGUGGCACAGAAACCACCAACACAGACACAGAAAGUCAGUCUACCAUUAAAAAUGGGGAAGAAGCCACACAGGAAGCUGGGCAGGCUGCCAAAAAAGCGGGGCCUGCUGUGCAGAACCGUAAAACGACCACUACACAUGAAGAUGGCGAGCAAGACUCCCACUCAAGUUCAAUCGCAACUCCAGAAUCUCGAUCUAGGUCAGGUUCCAGGACCACAGAAACCACUCUUGUGGAUGGAUAUGGAGGAUCCAAUAAGACAAGUCCAUCUCCUGCCCGGGACACGGAGGGUAAUACUGGACAAGGCAAUGAACAAUCUAUCCUUCAUGAGUUCAAACAAUCACUCAAUAUCGGGUCCACCAUUAUUCCUAAAAUUCGACCUUGGGUUUACCAAGAAAUGCUGGAGAGGAAUAUUGAUCUAUCCGUCGAAGACGUCGAAGAGGUUAUCAGAGAUCUCGAAGAAGAACAACGGGCCAAGGAACACCAGCGAGACGAAAAGAAAGCAGCCAAAUCAAAGAAGAGAAUGUGAAUGGAAUGGACACAUGAUGGUAUCUUGCCUAGGUCGUCCUCCUCUAGAAACCUUAUCCUUAACUGCAGUAUUGAUCGGUAUUUUGAUCUGUCAAGUGAGUAGCAGUGGCUCAUUGUCAUACAGUUAUCCAUAAUGCGUCUUUGGGUUUACUCCAUUAUACGCAACUUGGUUAGAUAGUUCUAGCGUGUGACCAUGAUAGUCAGGGAUUGAUCCUACUUGGUGUUAUUUGGGUUUUCUGUCCGUUGUUAUUGGUUGUACUGGUUUUAAUGGCCGAUUGAUUGUUAUUAGUCAAUUUAUAUCUGUAAGGUUUGCAACAAUGUGGUCCUGAACUCAGGAUGGUAGCACUUUGAUGACACAGAAUGGGAAUCUAUGAGUUCAUAAGAGUAGUCCGCACUGGUUGAUUCCCACUGGCUUCAAUAACUCAGAGCCACAUGUAUUUAUAUGCUAAUCGAGUCACUAUGACCGUUACGCCAAUGAACCA